AUGCAAGAAUUAGUCUUUCCUCCUCCGGAAGCGCCUUCGACCGCCUCCCUUCCGAUGCCCCGUCCAGAAGCCUACGAAGGUGAACCAAGGGAGUAUGCGAGAGCCUUGAUGCAACGUAAGGAUGAUAUUGAGAAAGAGAUAGCAUCGUUAAAAGAUGUAUUGAACUCUCAUGGAGUAACGCCUCGCACUUCGCUGACAGAUAAUGAAGGUUAUCCAAGGGGUGAUAUAGAUAUCUACGCAAUACGACAUGCUCGAUCUUCUCUAGUGAGACUUCAAAACGAUAGUAAGACCGUGUCCGACCUAUUAGCUACAGCAUUACAAGAUGCUUUUGCUCGACCGACUCACCCAAACGGCAACGCAUCCUCAACUUCUAUUCCCUCUUCAUCGCAAAAUAUCGCAGCAGCACCGAGACAAGCCAAUGGAGACAGUAUAGACGUCGACUGGCCUGAAAAAGCUAUUGCGAGAGUCAAUUCCGUUGCUUUUCAGAGUCCUGCAUUGCAAGCUGGACUGCAAUCGAAUGAUUUGAUAUAUGAUUUUGCUGGAGUAACUCACCUCUCACAAGGUGGAAUUCAAGCUAUAGGUGCAGUAGUAUCGCGCUCAGAAGGUGUCUCUUUACCCAUACGGAUUCUACGUCAGGAACAGAAAACUACCUUGCAUUUAACCCCUCGGAAUGGAUGGGGUGGAAGAGGGACGCUGGGCUGUCAUAUUCUGCCUGUAUAA